CGGUAGGGUUCCAUUUUUCUUCGUCGACGCGCAAGCAUUCUACACUAUCGGCGUUGUUAGCCUCGCGUGGUCGUUCUUGUGCAAAUACUGAAGAAGGUUCAAAUCCCAGGGGCUUGUCUGCUCCCAAAAUCCGCAACCAUGGCAGAUGAAACACAUGAUGAUAAGAAGGAGGAAGUUCCCGAAAUUGCCCCAUUUGAUCCUACUAAGAAGAAGAAAAAGAAGAAAACUACAAUUAUAGAUCCUGCCGACAAUUCAGUGGACAGCUUGGCUGAGAAGGCAGAAAACUUGUCUGUUUCAGAUGGGGUUGAGACUCCAUUUACUGGUUUGAAAAAGAAGAAGAAGAAACCAGUUGAAAUCAGUAACUUUACUGAUGAAGGUGGAGAUGCAGCUGAAGAUUUGGAUGAUCACUCUGGAGAGGAUGAAGGAGAAGGCAACUCCUUGGUCCCUUGUUAUCCUUGGGAUGGUAGCGACCGUGAUUAUCAAUAUGAGGAGCUUCUUGGAAGAGUGUUUAACAUUCUACGUGAGAAUAAUCCAGAACUGGCUGGGGAUCGUCGUAGAACAGUAAUUAGGCCUCCUCAAGUUCUUCGUGAGGGCACAAAGAAAACUGUUUUUGUGAAUUUUAUGGAUAUAUGCAAAACGAUGCAUCGACAGCCUGACCAUGUUAUGGCAUUUUUGCUUGCUGAACUGGGGACAAGUGGCUCACUAGAUGGACAGCAGAGAUUGGUUGUGAAGGGAAGAUUUGCACCAAAGAACUUUGAAGGAAUUUUGCGGCGAUAUAUCAAUGAAUAUGUCAUUUGCAUUGGAUGCAAGAGUCCAGACACAAUACUUUCAAAGGAGAACCGUCUGUUCUUUCUUAGAUGUGAGAAGUGUGGAUGUGGGAGAUCAGUUGCUCCCAUCAAGGCUGGUUUUGUUGCUCGUGUUGGCCGUAGGAGCGCGGGGGCAUGAUUCAGUCAUUUGUUUGCCAUUUUUAUACUAGACGGCUUGAAGAAAUGAAUCUUGUGUUACAGCUCGCUGAGUUUUGAGUAUUAUAAUUUGAUAACCGAAUCUUCAUUUUUCAUAUUCUCCUUAUGAUCGGUCGUUGUUUAGGAACUGUAUAUUGUUUCUUCUUUCUUUUUUUUUCCCGGCGUUAUCUUCCAGCUGAGCUUCUUAUUAUUCUUGUUUCUAGAUUUAUCAACUUUGCCUAGAAUAUGUAACCCGAAAGUUAUUGAAGACAGUGACAAUGGGAGCCAUGAUUUAGAGUCAGAUAA